AUGAGAAGCAGCAAGAACAUAGACGCUUACUCGCGCCGGCGAGAAGAGAUAGCGAGAGGGAACAGGCCCGUUGACUUUGACGAUGACUUUGUGGAGGACGAGAAUAUGGAGGAUGCCCCGUUUUCCGAGCCCACCCGAGAUGAGGAACCUAUUGAUACGACGACGGAAGCAGAGAUGAACCUCCUCCGAACAUUUCUCGACAUGAAGUUCGGCGGGACGAAGUACGCCGACCAAGACACCAUGGAGACGCUCCGUAUCGCAGACGAUGUCGAUGAGAUGUUCAACAAUCUCGGGAUCGGGGCACUUAUGUACACGCGGCACGAGUCUUACCGGAAUGCGUCAUGCCUUUUCCUCGCCACACUCGCCGACAAUCUCUGUCCCGACGGCAAAUACACAUCUGACGGGAGCGAUGGCUACAUCAGCUUUUGGGCCACGGGACGGAGGCACCAAUUCUCUUACAGAAAGAUCGAUCGAGCACUCUCUCUACCGCUGAGCAACCGCCACGGUCUUGAUGUUGACAAAGACGAGAUAACGGCUCUGUGGGGGACGAUCGCGUUUGGGGACUACAUCUCCUCAACCGCGAAGUCUUCUCACAUCCGGAGCCCACCGAUUCGCUACUUCCAGAAGGCCAUCGCCAACACACUCUUCUCGAGACAUGCGACCGGGAACGUGACAGAGAACGAGAUGAGCAUGAUCGAUGUGGCACUCACAGGCAUCCCGCUGAGGCUGAACAACGGGACACAACUCAGAGGCAGUAGAGCACAUGGAGGUAUCACAUGCAUCCCGCUGCUGUGA